GCCCAGGUGAUAAUAGUGGGAAUGUUGGAACCUGCUGCACUGCCGUACCCAACCAUUUCAUUCUGUCCGCGCACUCCCAAGAGUUUCAGUUCCCCCCUUCCGUUGUACUACCACCACUUGUAAGCUGACUUCUUUUCUUCCAAACCACAACGACAGCCUUUCCUUCUCUCAACACACACCCUUCCACACGAGAGUAUGGUUAUGACAAUAUAAAAGAGUAUCACGGACCAUCUUACUGGAGUCACCUCUGGCCCAACAUGACCAAACCUCCGCUUCGGCCACCAGGAGGCCGACGUGGAGGAUCCAAAUCAAUGCUCACCUGGGCCUUACUCUUCCUGAUCAUAGCCGCCGCUCGCCCUCAAUCGAUCCAUCAUCCCGAAUCAGUUCAACGCCUGGUAGCAUCCACACCGAGUGUUCGCUCUGACUCGAACCGACGUCCUCAGCCUGGCCGCAGCCCAGCCGAGAUUCCUCUAUUGAACCACGACAUUAGCACCGUCAAGUUCAGAAGCACCGACGAAAAUAUCGACAAUCACAAACUCCGUGCCUUGGCUCCAGCCUAUGAUAGCAAUAGCGCUGUUAGAGCACCUCUUGUUCAGUCUGCCGAGUCCUCUCGACUCUUAGCGCUUCUUUCAGCGCGGCUGCUGCAAGAUUGGGAGGUGGAGAAUAUUGUCCUCCUAGCCACAAUUGAUGGCAACAUACACGCCCUUGAUAGAACAAGUGGGAAAGAAAGAUGGUCUCUUGGGAUUCCAAAUAGUCCCAUGGUUGAGACGAUCCAUCACAAGCUGAACCGAAGUGAUCUGGAGGACUGCUCACAAAUUGAAGAUGAUUACAUGUUUAUCGUUGAGCCCAGCAAGGAUGGAAAUCUUUACAUUCAGCACCGAGACCCGAGAAUUGGCCUGCAACGGCUGAAAGUGACUGUCAGAUCUCUUGCAGAAUCUACUCCCCAAUUUGUGGACGAUCCCCCUUUGGUCACGAUAUCCUCCCAGGAGACAACGGCAUAUGUGGUCGAUGCCGCUACGGGAAACAUUCUGCAGCAGUUCGACAAGUAUCACGGAUUUGCCAAUGACGAUCAAAGCCGAAGCUGUCGGAAGUUGAGCGGCUUCGAGUUGGAUGACCCUGCCUUCGAACCACUGGGUACGAUCAACCUUGGACGCGUCGAGUACACUGUGCAGAUAGCGCACAAGCUUACCAACCAGGCUUUGUGCACCAUUAAAUUCGCUGAGUGGAUUCCCAACAAAGCCGACAGUGACCUUCAAGACCAAUAUGUUGCACCACUUGACAACUACCACAUUCAGAGCUUCUACAAUGGGCGGGUCGUUGGAGUCGACAGCACACAAGAAUCCGCCCAUGUCCAAAGAUUCACUCAGAGAUUGGACACCCCUGUAGCUCGAGUUUUCGACGUGGUUCGCCCACAACAUAAUCGAGAAGGUUCGGCCAAUCUGGUUUUGCUAAGUCGUCCGACCGAUUCACCACUGGUGGCCUCGCCCCAAGUAUGGCGAAACGAAAUGCAAAGAGCCGAAAGGGUCUUCGUAAAUCGAACAGAGGCCGGAGUAUGGUACGCCAUGUCCGAACUUUCAUAUCCGGGCGUCACUAGUGGUGCCGCACCCGCAAGCUCUCAUUGGAACUAUGACAAUCGUCCGCUCGAUCUUACUGGCGACAUGGAAGAAAUUGUUGGAGUUCAUGUGCUCUCCACCGAGGAGAGCGAUACUCCCCUACGCCUCACAAUAUCAGCUCCGCCGCCAGUCACAGACUUAGCGCUAGAGGCAGAAAAGGCUAUGGCAUCUCUUGAUCCCAAACCUACUCCCUCUCUGUUCCCGGUGAUGAGCAAGCAGUGGCCUUCGGUGUUCGGUUUCAUCGUAGCCAGUGUGCUCCUUUUUGUCGUCGGACUACAAUUGAAGCUUCCGAUCAUGCUGAAGGUUCAGCAAUUCCUUCGCAGAUCUGGUGUGGAAGUGGCGUUGGAGAAGCCUUUUGUUCAAAGCCCAAGCCCAGGUCUGGACCUACCCGUCGAAUCAAGAAUUUCGGUCGUUCAGGUCAAGAAUAAAGACAACAUUGCGAAAGCUGUGUCCGACAUACUCGAAGACACUACCGUGACGCCUGCUAGAAGCCGUGCACAAAGCAGUGUCGUCUCGUUCACCAGCACACCUAGGAACGUGAAAACGACAGAAUCUCAUGAAGAGAGUUCGGAAGCUGAGUCUGAGGAUGAUAAGAGCAAGCAAGAACCCGAGUCAAAUGAGACUGCCGAGAAUGGAUCUCAGCCUCGUCGUAGAUUUGCCAAGCGCGGGAAACGAGGUGGCAAGAAAAACAAGAAAGCAAAGAAGACCAUGGAUCCUGAAGCCAUGGACGAGAACGUACUGCUCACAAGCGAAGUUCCCACCAAGGAUGGUCUGUUACAAGUUGGUCGCUUGAAGAUCAAUACAAGUGAGGAACGAUGUCUAGGCCGCGGUAGUAAUGGUACUGCUGUCUUUCCUGGAUCCCUGGACGGCCGCGAGAUUGCUGUCAAGCGGUUGAUUCGGACUUCGAACAGUCUCGCUGCAAAGGAAAUCAAGCAUCUCCUUUCCAGCGAUGAGAAUCCGCAUGUCAUCAGGUAUUUCGGAAAGGAAGAGUCACAGCACUUUACUUACAUCGCCCUGGAGCUGUUCACGACAUCACUUGACCAGUUCAUCGAACGUCCGCUUCAGUACCCCAACCUGGUUAAGUUGCCCGAGGGGUUCGAUGUCAAGGACUGCCUUCGUCAAAUUACGGAUGGCGUUGCCCAUCUGCAUUCGCUCAAGCUUGUUCACCGGGAUAUCAAGCCUCAAAACGUUCUUGUCAAGGCGGUCAAAAGCCAGCGUCCCGCGACCGGCUUGCCCAAGUUGCAGUUCGUCAUCUCCGAUUUUGGGCUUUGUAAGCCGUUGGAGGAAGGCCCCGAGUCGACAUUUGCACCGACGGCAAAUCACACAGCCGCUGGCACCACAGGCUGGAGAGCGCCAGAGCUGCUGGUACAUUCUCGCGCGGCUGUUGCAGCACCAAACGCAGCGUCCACUGCGUCCAAGUCGACAACGCAUUCAAGCGAUGGAACCGUCCUUGAUCCCCCAUCUGGCCGUCGUGCAACCAAAGCCAUCGACAUUUUCUCGCUGGGCUGUGUCUUCUACUAUGUUAUGACUCAGGGCCACCAUCCCUUUGACGUAGGCGGCACAAGUCUCGGUCGUGACCUGAACAUCAAGGAAAACAACUUUAGCACCGAAGAUCUACGGCUGCACGAGUACGAAUACGAUGCCGACGACCUGGUCCUGCAAAUGCUCAAGCACAAUCCCCGAGAGCGCCCCGACACGACCGAGAUUCUCCGCCACCCGUACUUCUGGGACGUGGCGGACAAGCUAGAGUUCCUGUGCGAAGUGUCGGACUGCUUCGAGCGUGAGAAGACCUCGAUCAACAACAUAUUCGACGAGAAUGCGGUCCGCACUCCUGCGGAAAAGGUGUCUCUCGAACGACUCGCCGCCCUCGAAGCACUGGCGCCCAAUGUCAUCGGACUGUCCAAGGACUUCCAUCGGGCUUUGCCCAAGAGUUUUAUCAGCGAGAUGGGUAAGCAGCGCAAGUACAUGGGAUCCAAGAUGAUUGAUCUAUUGCGGGUGAUUAGGAACAAGAAGAACCAUUUCCAUGAUCUGCCUGACGAUGUCAAGGAGCUGAUGCUUGGGGGUAGCACUAAGGGUUAUUACGAGUUCUGGGCCAAGCGCUUCCCGAGCUUGUUGAUCAAUUGCCAUUGUCUGCUGCUGGAGAAGGGUUUGGUCGAGCGAUUCAGGCUGGAAAGAUACUUUGAGCAAAUGUAGACAAGUAAAAUCCGUUCAUCGUCCACAUGAUCCUGACACACGAUUGAUUUGUAAUUUUUAGGGGUUCAACGAUUCUGGUUCUAGUUAGACAUGUGUUUCUCACGUGGCAUCCUCAGUCAUACAAACAUAGACACCGUGGAGGA